AUGUCUGACUCGAUCGAAUCAGAAUGGUCCAACUCCUUUCGCUCUGGACGUACCUCGUCAUUUCUUCCCUGCAAAUCUGAAUGCCUUCCUGGCGACACUUCCGCUGCCACCCUGCGGAACAGCGACGCGCAAGCCGACCCGUCGAUUAGUCAACAUGUCCGUGGACCGCAGAACGUUGCAGUCGAUCGAUUGGUCAAACUCAAACAAGAUCUCCGAGGAUUGGACGCGGAAUCGUUCUGGACUCAGUUGAUGGAACAACUUGCCUCACUUUGCAAUUCCCAGUACACCUUUGUGGCCCGAAAAGUUCGCGAAAAUGAUGCCGUGAAGGAUGUAGAGGGCCGAAGUCCUUCCUUGCACGGCACUGCGUUCUACUACAACGAUGGACAUCAAACGGUGGGAAUGUACAGGAACCGGUCGUUCGCAGGAGGCAACCCGCAAUCUCACAUGGACCACGGAAAAGCCUGCUUAAUUCCCGAAAACCUGGGGUCAUUUAUCUCAUUCGACCAAGACAAGCUCCCGUUUGCUGCGGAAGGUUAUUUGGCAGUCCCACUGUUUUCGGAAACUAAAUGUGCGGCCUACCUUGGGCUUAUGUGGUCUGGACCCGGCCUGCAGAAACGGACGCUCUCCUGGCAAUUUCUGGAAAUGAUUCUGCAUUCGCUGGAAGAUCUGAUCAUCAAGCGAAUUGCUGACGAAGUAGACGAUGCAAAAUUUGAUCGGCCUACCCGGGAGGCCCAUGCUGUUUCUGUGAGCCAGAAAAUCGUGGAGGACACGCAUAUCAACCUUGUGCAGGGGCAUGUUGAUUUUUCUUCUCAUGCCCUCAAGCCGUAUGCUCGAAGCCUGUCCCACGAGCUUCGAACUCCGAUGCAGGGAAUUGUUGGAAUGCUAGACGUCAUGCAUGCCACUGUCCGCGAAGCUAUGCUUGGAAAGCCGCCGCCUACAACAGGGGGUAUCUUCCAAACUUUGAAGGAGAGCAUCGAGAUGGUUCAAGAUAGUGCUAGGCGGGCGGUCGAGGCCGCCGAUAAUGUGGUCCAUGCCUAUGAUUUGAACAUGCAGGUGCCCAAAACCCCCCAGUUUGAACGCGAGAAUGACUGCUUCGGCGGGCCCGUCCAGUCGCCAGUCAAUGCGCCCGAAACCCGCCCAAAUAUCUUUAUCGAAGGUAGCAACAUCACGGUAAAUCCGUACAAACGGCGACGAAGCAACCCUAUCGAUAACAACGCUGGGCCGGCCUCGAAGCAGAAAGUCGCGCGUGUCUUGGGCCCGAAAGGGCUCUCACCUCGAAGUGAAGAGGUCAAGAACGCGGUCCACGAGAGCGACAAAAUCCUCCAGACGACCCCGGUACACCAGAUCGAGGCUGUCAUGGCGAGUAUGGUUGAGUCGCGUCCCUCGUUGGCGGCGCGACGAUCGGCGUCUCACCUCAUGUUGGAAGGGAUCAAUCUCAACAACCGAGGACCGGCGGUGCGAUCCACCAAGCUUCGUGAUCUCCUUCGACUGGUCAUCAACGAAUCAUUACACGUUGGCGGUCGACCCGAUUUUGCUGUGACGAAUGCGACUGAACUCGGAGAAAAGAUCGAAGUGCGGUCGCGGUCUUCCGGUAGAGAGGUCUUUUCCAAAACGAUAGAUUGGACCGUUGAUGCAGCAUUACCAGACACAUUAUACGUCGACGACCGCGAUCUUGCCAAGUUGAUAUCCUGUGUCUUUUUGAACGCCGUCAAGUUUACCAAUAGUGGUGCGAUUACGGUACAUGCAAAGGUUGGCCGAAACGCCAACGAUAUCAUGAUCAGUGUGCAGGACACGGGGUCAGGUAUCCCGGAGGCCUUCCUACCGAAGCUGUUCAAGCCCUUCGCUCGACAGGACGCAUCGACGACCCGGAGCAAAGACGGACUUGGACUUGGGCUUCUGGUAGCUAAGGGCCUUGCACGGAAAAUGGGUGGUGACUUGAUUUGCGUUCGCUCCUCGAUUUCUGGUCCUGACCGUGGGUCGGAGUUUGAGAUUAGAAUCCCGAUCUACCAGUCUGAACCUUCUACCAGGCAGUUUACUCCUGUCACGAAACUCUUAACUUCUCCUCAGCUCUGCGAUCCAUCGGGAUUAAGCAACGGGGGCAAGUCAGCGUUUAAUUCGCUGAUCCCCCCUUCGCCUCUCCCAGCCCAACCGAUCCAGCAGCCAUCCCCCAGCCUCACGGACGAGUCAUCGAAUUCGUCCACACAUUCGUCCACACCUGCUCGUUCGGUGCCUGCUGCCAGAUCGUCGCAAGGCCCUAUAGGCGGUGGCACCUACGAUAGCAAACUAGGCGAAAAACAUCCACUCACCGUCCUUGUUGCUGAAGACAACAAAAUCAAUCGGCGGGUACUCGUGAACAUGCUGAAGAGACUCGGUUACAAAGACGUCUACGAAGCAUGUAACGGAAAAGAGGCCGUGCGGAUCAUGCAGAACAUCAUCACGUCACAAGAGCCUGCAGAGACACCUGAUGGUGACCAGCCGCAAGUGCCGAAAGGCGUAGAUGUUGCUGGUAACGACACAGUCUCUGAUUCUUCCGGUCACUCGAAAAAGUUGAAACCAGUGGAUGUUAUUUUGAUGGAUCUCUGGAUGCCAGAAAUGGAUGGGUACCAGGCCACCUCCAAGAUAUUCCAACUGGUCGACGAAUAUCACGGUCGAAUCGCCCCUAAUCCUCAGCUUGGUCGGUCAGCUAGCGGUUCCGCACCUUCGUCACCCACAGUGCUAGCUGUGAGCGCUGAUGUUACGGAUGAGGCCCUGGCGCGUGCGUCUAAGGUCGGCAUGAAAGGCUAUAUGACCAAGCCGUACAAAUUGACCGACCUGGAGCGAUUGAUUAAGGGGUUCUGUGGUAACCCACCGCCGCCCUUUGGUGGAUCAACGAACUCAUGA